AUGAUGAAAUGCGUGCUGGCUGCCCCCUUUCUCAUGAAUGAAAUCCUGGGAUUUGCUGCUCUACACUUAAGUAUUGUCCGCCCUGUUCAACAGAGGUUCUACCGACAGCAUGCAGCCGAGCUUCAGACUCACGCUCUGACAGCCUUCAACGACACCAAUAUGGAUCUCACCCCCGAAACCUGUCUCCCCAUGUUUCUCUUCUCCUCCCUCAUGGGCCUUCAUGCGCUCAGCGAAAAGCUCCUCUUCCGAAAGGGGGAUUUUGAAGCGUUUCUCGAAGAUUUUGUCCAGUCUUUAAGGCUGCAUCGUGGAGUUCGCGCAGUGACAGGUCAAUGCUGGCCUCUAUUAUUGAAAUCACCACUUAAGACCUUACUUGAGGCUGAGGACAAUGCGCUACGGACCGACGAGGGUGUAUCCGGUAAUGAAUGUUCCGAUCUUAUGUCCCUCGUGGAAUCUUCUGAUUCAAUAAACACGUCGAUGCGAAAUGCAUACACAGAGACAAUCAAGUGUCUCCAAUGUGCUUUCGAUGGAAGCCACCAGCAUCCAUUAAAGUUUGCUGCGGUCGGGCCAAUCAUUUCAUGGCCUGUUAUCAUUCCUCCAGCAUAUAUUGACCUGCUGGAAGAGCGCAGGCCCGAAGCACUUUCUAUCCUCGCUUACUUCGGUGUACUGUUACACCUUCACCGGGAUAUGUGGAUAUUCGGCGAUAGUGGGGCUUAUAUCAUUACCUCCAUCAGGGAAUAUUUAGGUCCUGAAUGGGAAAGUUGGUGGCGCUGGCCGAACGAAUCUGUUCAGGCCUCCUUGUGA